UUUUAUUUAUUUUUUUCAGUUCUGAGGAUAUCUUGAACUGGAUCGGUUCUCAAGUUGAUGAGACAAACACAUUUUCCAUCUGUGUGUCGCGAACUGAUCUCUACAACAGAGGCAUGCAACAGUGGCAACGGCAGAAGAAGACCUCACCCAAAUGUAGACUUAAGGUCACAUUCUUUGCCGAGGCAGGCAUUGAUAAUGGUGCCCUUACCAAAGAAUUCCUCACAGAAAUGCUGGUAGAAAUAGAAAAAAGACUCUUUGUUGAAGGUCCAGAUAAGAAAGGGAAGAAUCCCGUUUACUGCCUUAACAGUUUGGACUGUAAUUACUUCAGGACUGCAGGAGAAGUCAUGGCAGCUAGUCUGGCACAAGGCGGACCUUGCCCUAACUUCCUGCGUGAAUGGUGCUUCAGUUAUCUCUGCUCUGGUGACUCUGACAGCAUUCAAGUGUCUGCCAGUGAUGUCACAGAUUUGGAACUUUCACAGCUAAUUGUAAAGAUAAACACCGCCAAUGAUGACAACAUCAGCGACCUGAUUGGUGACAUUGUGACCUGCGGAUACACUGGAAUCGUGUCUGUGGAUAAAAGGGACAGCAUAAUAAGAGCUGUUAUACUUCACUCCACCAUGAGACUCAUCCCGAUGCUCGACCAGCUCAGAAAAGGCCUGCAGCUCUAUGAACUACCAAAGAUCAUGAAUACCCAUCAAGACCUUUGCCAACCACUGUUUGUUACAGGGGAAGAUGAUAAGGUAGAUGCAGUCUUCAUUUUGGAGAACAGCCGCCCUGUCUUCAGUGAGAUUGGUUCUGCCAAACACCGCAUGGAAACAAAUAUCAUGAACUUUUUCCAGGACUACCUUCAGGAAAUUGAGGAUUCUGAACAAGAUGGCCCAAGCAACAACAGUAUUGCUCCAGAAAGUUUGACUGUUGGACGAAUCAUGCAGUGGCUCACCGGACAGGGACACAAGCCCCUUCUGCCUAGUGAAAAGAAGGACUUUGUCAUAAAUGUGAAAUUCCACCAUGACUGUGACACACAGCACACUGUUUGUUUUCCUAUUGUCAGCGCCUGCAGUCGUACAGUCACAUUUCCCUCAGCACACCUGAAAACAUUCAGUGAAUUCAAAAACAUUAUGACAUUAGCAAUAUGCCAUGGGCAAACUUUUGACAGGGUGUAACAAGUAACUGCAUAAGUCAAAAUAGGCAUUGAAUUGUUUUGUUUUAUUGCCAUUUUAUUUGCCAUUUUCUUGUUUCUGUGAAUAACUUUAUUCAUUGUUACAAAACCAUUGUUUUGCUGUUAUUAAUGGUUCACUUUAAAACCAAAAUGAAUGAGGAGUUAGUUUUUUACCUCACUGUUACUCCCGUGAUAAAAUGAAGUAAUAUCACAGCAAGCCUUUUGUAACUGGCAGUCUGUUUGCAAAUGUUCAACUUCAUUCCAUUAAAUCUUUUGUAAGGACUGCUUA